UGCAAAUAAAAACCCUAGCCCCUGAAAAAUGAAAUAAAUCGCCAAUGCGUGCUUUUUUCAAGGCAUUGGGACGGUCGCACGAAAAAAUGUAUUUUUAUAAAUUUUUUGAACGAUGAAAAGGGGCAACAUUUUACGGAUGACCCAUUUUUAUUGAACGGAGUAGCAGUGCAAUAUUUCUUGCUGAGAUUAGUUGGUUUUUCGAAACCAAUGGCGGGCUCCAUACCUUGUCAAACGCUGCAUUCGGAGUGGCUUGCAUCAUGGGCUGCUGAUGUGGAAUAACGCUUAGAGGUAGGGGUUUUACUCUGUUGGAUCUCUGAUUGUUUGAGUAGCGGUAGUGAUCCACUAGUUGUCCAUGGAUUUCACCGAUUCCUACAAGCAGACGGGGCCUUGUAGUUUCUCCCCAAACUCCCACUAUCUCGCUGUCGCCGUCAAUUACCGCCUCGUGAUACGCGACCUUGUUUCACUGAAGGUUGUACAGCUUUACUCCUGUGUUGACAAAAUAAGCUAUAUAGAAUGGGCAUCCGAUUCGGAGUACAUCCUUUGUGGUCUUUACAAGAGGCCAGUGGUUCAGGCUUGGUCAUUAACCCAAUCAGAAUGGACUUGUAAAAUAGAUGAAGGCCCUGCUGGAAUUGCUUAUGCAAGAUGGAGCCCUGAUAGCCGCCACAUACUGACAACUUCUGAGUUCCAGCUACGAUUGACUGUCUGGUCACUUGUGAACACUGCUUGUGUUCAUGUGCAGUGGCCGAAACAUACUUCAAAGGGUGUUUCUUUUACCAAAGAUGGAAAAUUUGCUGCUAUUUGCACCAGAAGAGACUGUAAAGACUACAUAAAUCUGCUUUCUUGUCAUUCAUGGGAAAUCAUGGGUACUUUUGCAGUUGAUACAAUAGACUUGGCCGGUGUUGAAUGGUCUCCAGAUGAUAGUGCCCUUGUAACAUGGGAUUCACUACUUGAUUAUAAGGUUCUCAUUUAUUCUCCAGAUGGCAGAUGCUUGUUCAAGUAUCAAGCAUAUGAAAGUGGUUUAGGUGUGAAAACUGUAACAUGGUCCACAUGUGGCCAGUUUCUUGCUGUGGGUAGUUAUGAUCAGACUCUAAGGGCAUUGAAUCACCUAACAUGGAAAAUUUUUGCUGAAUUCACGCAUAUACCAACUAUUCGUGGGCCUUGUGAUGCUGCUAUUUUCAAGGAAGUGGAUGAACCUUGGCAACUUGAUAUGGCUGAAUUAUCUUUGAGCAAAGAUUUCCCCAAUAAUUUACAAGGCAACUAUCAUGAAAACGCUGCUGAGGGGAGCUCUGGAGUUAAGUACAAAUUAAUGGGCCUUCCUAUUAGUUUACCAUACCAAAAGCCAGCAAUAGACAAGCCUAAUCCGAAACAAGGCAUCGGUUUAUUAUCAUGGAGUAAUGACAGCCAGUAUCUCUUCAGCCGUAAUGACAGCAUGCCUAACGUUCUUUGGAUAUGGGAUAUUCGCCAUCUCGAGCUUGCCGCCGUAAUGAUCCAGAAAGAGCCGAUACGUGCCGCGGCGUGGGAUCCAACUUGUCCCCGCCUUGUGCUGUGCACCGGCAGCGCCCAUCUGUACAUGUGGAAUCCUUCAGGAGCUUACUGUGUGAAUAUUCCACUGCCUCAGUUUGCUGUUUUCGAUCUUAAAUGGAAUGCAGAUGGAAGCCGUCUUCUGCUCAAGGAUAGAGACACUUUCUGCUGUGCUGCAUUGGAGAGAAUGGUGCCUGAAUCAUAUGAUUGUGAUUCUAACGAAUAGCUGUUGGCUGGAAAGAUUUUUGGCCUCCUGCUCUUUUCUGAGAUAUCAUGUUGGGUUGGUUUGAAUUUGGUUUCAAUUGAUUUAAUCAGGACAAUCAGUCUUCGAAUUAGUUUAGGUCUAAUGCUAAUUGUUGAUUAUCCUUUGUGUUUUAUUUUUGUACAGAUUGUAUUUUGGUUAGAAAAUGCAACAUUCUUCCGAAUGUUUAAUAACAAAUUUGUCAUAUAUUCGCUUA